UAGGUGAAUACACAUUUCAGGUAGCUACCAAACCGGUAAUAAACACCAACCACUCAAAGUUUUCGACCUAAACUUCAGAUGUAUAGCUCAAUAAAUUUUACUGUACAGUAUGUGUUAAAAGUGGGCAAUGUGAAAAAAACUGCACAUAAUUAACAAAGCAAUACAAAAAAGAACGUUUUGUCUCGUAGUAAAAGACGCACACGGCUGCACAACUGUUUUUUUCUGUCAGACGGAGAGUAGUCGGAGGUGGAAGUCGCAUUGCAGUCUGCAGUUCUUUUUAGCCCAGAAGUGACGCGCGAACAGCAGCCUGUUAUAUCGCACACCGCGUCCACUUGUGUUAACGACGCUGUUGGCGCUUCUGUUUUGGGGGUUACUUCGUUAACCUGUCCAUCUCAGUCCCGGUUUUCCGAGAUGUUGCUGAGCCAGUGAAGCAGAAAAGACAGAAGGUUUUACAGAUCUCGUGUAGCACACGCAGGUUUUACUAAUUUCUGUCUACAUUUGUUUUUACCGACAAAAUAAACUGACUACAUUUUUGAAGUAAUAAGGGAACGUGAGUGCGGUUGAGUUUGAAGUUUGAACGGCGGGGGUCCUGAGGUGCACGGGCAUGAGCCUAGGGUUACCUAGAAAAAUGGUUUUCACGCAUCUGAGUGCCACCUCGCCGUGCCAAGCCUGAGAGGUGUGGGGAGGGGGUGUUUGGGACCUUUUUUUCUCAAUAAGGGGAUGGAGCUCAAUUAGCAUUUCACAAGUCUUUUCCCCCUUUUCUAUUGCUACCUUCCCUGCAGAGCCCAUGCUUUCUCCAAGGGAUUGUCCUGUUUUUGGCCCUCGUCGGCGUUGGCAGGGUGACAGUAGUCGAGUGUGCAAACUUGUGCUAUUGUCCCCGGGCCAGAGGGAGCCAUGGAGACCCCACUAAUAUGACACAGGAAAAUGUUUGCUGAUGGCAAUUCUAUGGGCUUUGUCCAACUCUCUUUCUCCAUCAUGACGACUCGAUUUAAGUCUCUAACUGUUUGACUACAAAUGCAAAAGUGCUAUCCAACUCCUCUCCCUUUGUCCCACGAGGUUUGAAUGAGUAAUUCAGCCUUUGUGUGGCUCGAUUGAGGGGGCAAACAUAAAGACAAGAUUCUUGAGCGUUCAAGCCCCCUUUCCAUGGAUAUCCGCACAUCUCUUUAGAGUUUUUUUUCAAUCCCUACUUCUUCUGACAUCACUCUUGGGGGAAAAAAAAGAGGUCCAGAUCAGAACAGUUAAGAGUAGCCUAGCCUGAGCUCUAAAAACUGGCAUUGUCUAGCGGCAUUGAAGCAUGCCUGCUGCCAGCCUCCAGACAGACUUAAGUUAUAUCCAGGAAUAAAAGAUUUAAGUAGUCUUCGCGCACCGUCAGUAUAAGACGUUAAGACGUUUUAGACUCCUCAGGAAAAAAGGCAGUGGACUGGGGGGUGUGGGGAGACUAAGGUAGAAUAGAGGGAAUAGUUGCAAAGAAAUAUUGCAUCUAUUAGCUGCUUUUCUAGCGAUGUUUCUAUGACAACAAUUUGCGAUGUUAAAGAAUGUGAUACAGGGGAGCUCAGUGCCUGAUUGGGGUGUAUUGUGUAGGGAAAGGAGGUCGCUGAUUGGUCUGAAGAAAGCACCAUAACUACGCGCAGUUUAUAUUCAUUCAGCUUGCUCGUGUGCUAAAACUUUUCUAGAGAAGAGGUUCUGCUGGAAUACCAUCACUUCAGUAGACUCACUUGGUAAUGAUGCUAGAAAAGGAGCACGAAAUGCUUGUGGAGUAAUUAAGGUUUCAGACCUCAGGAUGUAAUAAUGGCAUGCACCGACAGUGAGGUUAAAACUUUACUGAAUUUUGUAAAUUUGGCGUCCAGUGAUAUCAAGGCUGCUUUGGAUAAAUCGGCCCCAUGCAGGCGCUCGGUGGACCACAGGAAAUACCUGCAGAAACAGCUCAAACGUUUUUCUCAGAAAUAUUCAAGGAUCCCCAGAUGCCAGUCUUACAGAACAAGCGAAUCGGGCAUCGGAAAAGCUCUGGAGGAUAAGUCUGGCACUUACCCCCUGGAAACGGUGAAUCGGAAUCUCAGUUUGGCACAUUUAAGUGAAAAAAUCGGGUCUGAUCUGAGAUGUGAUGACACGGUCAAGCCGAAUCCGAACUCUGCACACGAAAAAAACUACAGCAGGCAGGACCAGGUGCCAAUGAGGAAACGACAGCUUCCUGCUUCUUUUUGGGAGGAACCGAGGUCUUCCAAAAGCAAGCAUGAGACUUUUCAAGCAGUUUGGCGAAAGAACCAAGCAGUCGGAGGUAGUGGGUUGUCAGGUUCAGUGGAACAAAUAAGAAAGAAAUGCUCCGAGGGACCUAAGACGACUUCGGUGCAUAUCAAUCGACAGAGUGUGGCAGAGAAGGAACCUCUGACGGUGGAGAUGACAUCCCUAACUGGGAGUGCGAGUCUUUGCGGCUGCUGUCCAUUUCAGUACCACGGACAACACGUCUACCAAAGCCAUGUAGUAUUACCGCAGUCAGGGUUUUCUGAUUCGAGUAUGUGGGGGAAACCUUCUGUUGCGCAAACAGAGGGCCUUGACAGCUGCAAGGAUGUUGCAAUAAAUGGACAGAAGAGCCACACGCACGUUGUAGUGAAGCCCAUCCCGACUAAACCGACAGUCCCGUCGCCUAUUUUCAGUGUGUUUGGAUUUAUUUAAGCACUAAACACGGUAACGGUACGUGUGUAAAGUAAACUUUAAAAACGUGAUAAGCACAUUGUAUAAAUAAAUAUCCAAGUGAAAUGAUUUAUUAUUUUUGUAAUGGGACCUUUCUGAGAGUAGCUUAUUUAUUUGAGAAGCACAAGUAGCUGUUUUUGUUCUGAUAGGUUAUUAAACGUUUGACAUUAACCCGUAAGAUUAAAUGUUUAAAAGGCACUUACCAGAAACGAAUGAAAAGAAAACUCAAACUCUUGGACCACACUUGUAGAUUAGUGAAAAUCUUAUGAACCUGUAAAUCUAUCGGUGUUACCUUGCAUUUAAUAAACUUCUUCUGAAAUACAAACGGAAUAAAACCUAUUUGAUGUUACAUUUUGACAAUAUAACCAUGCUGUGUGUCUGAGUGAACGCUAUUGCUAAAGUUUGAUCAUCAUAGGUGAAACAAGGAAUAAUACUCUAGAAAAGAGCACUAAAGUUUCCACAUGCUACAUACAGUAGGUCAUUUCAACAUUAGAGAUAAUUUCUGAAUGUCCUGUAUUCACGGUUUACACGUUAGAAAUAACAGAAAUCUUAAGUGCUGUACAGUAUAUCGCUAAUACCUAUUGUAACUCAAAUUUUAAGAAAGUCCCGAGAGAAAAAGAGCAUAAUUAGAAUCAAGACAGACAAUUAAGAUUUUAACAGUCCAGACUUUGUGUGAAAAUAAAAUCAAUAACAUUUUUCGAAAUAUUCGGUUUAUGAAGUUACAUGCGUUGCUCUGGUAUACAAUACGCCUUGCCUGUUUCCUGUCAGUUUUGCGAUACGUUGGGUUUUAUUUCUAUACAAAUUCACAAAUAGGUUGAUAAACAAGAGGAUUAGUGAAAUUGUAUUAAAGCCGAUAAUAUUUUAACACUAACGAAUUAUUUGCAAAACAAAUACAUUUUGAGCACCAAUAUGUGGCGAAUAUCUGGUGACAUUAAUGAACUGUUUUGUGAAGAUAUUUCCUAGCGUCUCGACACUCGCGUUUUCCUGAUAGAAGAUUGCUAAUUGCUGUCUUUGGGAAUUGAAGUGGGCCCAAACUGUAGGCUAUACGGUAACUCACUCUGCCAACAAAGCCAAAGGGGUUGACAUUUCCAACUCUGAAAACAACCGAGAUCUGUGGUCUCUCGUUCUCAGUGUAACAUGUACACAGGUUUUAUAUUUAUGUUGCUGUUAAAGGUAUACCUUUCUUACUGUAAACCCUUGUACAUUUUAUAUAUUGUUUGACAUAAACACUUGAAAAGUUCAUUCCUAUGGACCCUAUGAAUAGUUACAGGCUACCCUGUAACUAUUUUUUAGAAGUAUUUUACACAGUAAUAUGAAUAAAUAAACCAUCACAUUUCUUUUUUA